AUUUCCAGCACUAGGUAUUUAUAUAUGAAAGGGUAAUGGAUGCAAAAAGUUUAGAAUACCAUAAUGUAUGAGCUUUGAGCCUAGUAACUAACCAGCAAAAGUGUCAUUUCCUCAUGGACACACACUACUCUGUGCUUUCUUAAGUAUGAAUUUCUAUUAGUUUCAUUGCAAACAUCUAUCUGCAAUAAAGGGUACUAUCCAGUAAAAAGCUGGCUGUUUUUCAUUAUUCCUCUAGAUUUCUUGUCUGAAGUCUAAACCACACAUUGAAUCUUAUAGAGCAUUAUAAAUACCAGUAUUAUUAUGAAACACAUCCAUUUGGAAAAUGCAGAGGAGGCUUUUGCACUCGGCUCACAAACAUUUAUUGUCAGUUUAUGAUUGUUUCUUAAUUUUUUUUGGUUGGGAAAGCACUUUGGAGAGCAUUUGUGGCCCUGCCGUUGGCCUGACAUAGUGAUAGACAUGUAGUUUUAAUAGGCUUUAUCCCUGAGGCUGAGAGAUUUAGACCGGUCCCUCAGGACUACGUCUCAGAUCAAUUAGAGUUCAGGGCAGAAAUAAUGUCUCCAGGGCACGUGAAUAUGGAGUGCCUCUUUUAGCCACAAAUACUUGAGCUUAAACAACACCUACUCCCAAACCAAGAGGCUCUCCAUGAAGUUAACAGCACAACAAAUUCAGUUGUCUCUAAUUACAUUUAUCAGUAAAAUUGGCAACAUUAACAGGGGUAAAUGGCUUUCAUUUGUAUGUAGUAAUAAGCUAAAACACAGUGUAGUGCAUCAGGGUACCCAGGAGUUCGAUUUUCGAGCAGAUACUGACCAUAACAAUGAAAAGAUUUAAUCUGAUGGCGAGGCUGCGGUCUCUGUACAGCAGAGUGCUUGUGCAGGACCAGUCAGCGAGUUUAGCCACUCAUGCCAUCUGUUAAGAGGCAGCUCCAAAGUUCAGCUUGGAUUCACAAGCCCCGGGAGUUCUACCAGGCUGCCUACUGCUCCUGACCGCUGGAUUGUGGUGUGUGUGUGUGUGUGUGUGUGUGUGUGGUGUGUAAGCUUUCUUCCUAAAUCUUCUGAUCCACAUACCGACUCCUGCCUCCAGCACACAAUACAGGCAGGCUGUCUGAGAGGUGGGGCAAAAAACACCUUGGAGCACCUUGGGGAAUUCCUUUCAUUUCCUCGCAUGUAGAGAAGCAUAUAGAGCAAUGGAUUUCAUUUGGACUGAUGAUGCACUGCAUCACAUAUUUUUCUAGGAAUCCUAGAGGGUCACUGAGAUCUGAAAAGGUCUACGUUUGUAGUUGGAAAUAACAAUUUUUGACUGGCUCUGAGCACUGUGAGAUGAUGAAGGAUUACACUGGGUUAAUCUGCUUGCCUGCCAUCUGCCUGCUCCAUUCAAAUUAAACCUGAAAGCAAAGCAACAGCCACAAAUAUUUACUCAGGAUGAAUAUUGCUAAAAGGAUACUGCCACAAUUUCUUUUAUUGGUACAUUUUCAUUUAGCACCAGUAGCAACACAGAGUGAUUACGCACCAUAUUUCUAUGACAAUGGGCCCCAUAGUAACAAUGGUAAUCUGGCAUUAUUCAGUCUUUCAGAGGACACACCGACAGGAACACAUAUAUAUGUUCUGAAUGGAACUGAUCCAGAGGGACAGCCUGUAAGAUAUGGCCUGGGCUUUGAUCCAGGAGCUAAAGAAUAUUUUAGUGUUGAUCCCAUAUCUGGAAUAGUUACUCUGAUAGAUGAACUUGACAGAGAGAUACAGGAUGAGAUUGAAGUCCUUGUCAGUAUUUCCGACAAGUUUAAUAAAGUAGUGGAAAAAGUGAGGGUGUUUGUGAUGGAUGCCAAUGAUGAGGAGCCACGGUUUGAGAACCUGCCCUCCAUUGUGGAUGUGCCUGAGAACACACCCUCUGGGAGCAGUAUAUUUAAAGUGCAGGCUGUGGAUAGAGAUACAGGCUCAGGUGGAUCUGUCACCUACUUUCUUCAAAGCACUGGCCCAAACAUUAAGUUUGCUAUUGACCGCCACAGUGGAGUGCUAAGAAUAAAAGAGGGUCUCGACUAUGAGACAGUGAGAACACAUUUUGUUACUGUGGUGGCAAAGGAUGGAGGUGGAAGUUAUAACGGAAGGGAACAGGUAUUGUCAUCGUCUGCUACCUUGACAAUUAAUGUGAUUGACAGUCAGGACACUCCUCCCAGUUUUGUUGGUACUCCAUAUUUUGGCUUCGUCUAUGAAGUCUCUUUCCCUGGAUCUGAAAUAUUCACUGUUUAUGCCAAAGAUGGAGAUAAAGAAACUCCUAAUCCAAUUGUUUAUUCUAUUGAAAGUGGAGCUGAUGGUGUAUUUGGAAUCAACAAAACAAGUGGCAGCAUCACUCUCCUAGUCUAUCCAGAUCAUUUAAGAAAGGAAAUAUUUAAUAUCAUGGUCAAGGCUUCAGAGGUGAACUCACAGGGAAGUGUCAUAGACUUUGCUAUCACCACUGUAACUAUUCAAGUAGUGGACCUGAACAACCACCCCCCUACCUUUUAUGGUGAGACUGGCCCACAGGACACAUUUGAGUUGACCAUGUACGAACAUCCUCCAGAGGGUGAGAUACUGAGAGGCUUGAGGAUUACAGUCAAUGACUCAGACCAGGGCACCAAUGCAAAGUUCCACCUCAGGCUGGUGGGGCCAGGACAGAUGUUACGAGUGGUCCCACAAACUGUCCUUAAUGAAGCUCAAGUCACUUUAUUAGUAGAAGACUCCACUGCAAUAGACUAUGAGAAAUUCCAGUUUCUGACAUUCAAGAUUCUUGCAGUGGAAAUCGACACCCCAGAGAGAUUCAGUGCCACCGCAGAUAUAGUCAUACACUUGCUCGACACUAAUGAUAAUGCUCCAAGGUUUUCAUCUGAUUUCUAUAUUGCACGAGUCCCAGAGAACUCACCAGGUGGCUCCAAUGUUGUGUCUGUGACAGCUAAGGAUCCAGACUCUGGUUUGUGGGGUGUUGUCAAAUACUCUAUCCAUGGCUCAGGAUCAGAUCUUUUCUUCAUCCAGUCGGAUUCAGGAAUCAUCUACACCCAGCCCUGGGCCAGUCUGGACGCUGAGGUGAAAUCCAAGUACAAUUUCUUUGUUAAGGCUGAAGACACAGAGGGAAAAUUCAACCUUGCAGAAGUUUUUGUCACAGUUCUGGACCUCAAUGAUCAUCCACCUGAAUUCAAUGAGAAUAUAUUAGAGAAAACAAUGAUUAUUGGUGCCCAGGUGAAAAUCGAGGCAAUAGAUGAUGAUGCAGAGGAGCCAAACAAUGUUAUUGAGUAUUCCAUCAUGAAAGCAGAACCAGACAAUAUCUUUGACAUCAAUGCAGAGACAGGAGAAAUCAAACUGAAGCCCUACAUCAAGUCAAUGGACAUAGUGCAAAACAUCACAAAUCAGAAAGACUGCACCUGGUCUGUGGUGGUCCAGGCAAGGGACAGAGGUUCCCCAUCUUUCAGUACAACCACACUGGUGAAAAUUGAUAUCACCGAAGCGACUCAACUCAAUGGCCCAUUGGCAUCCUUUUUAAUGAAAAGUAGAGAAAAUCCCAUACAAAUCCUUGGCAUGCUUGCAACUCUCAUUAUAGCUUUGGUUUUUGUCACAGUCUUGAUCUCUACAGCUAUUUUCAUGUGUAAUAGAAAGUCUAACAAGAUCUUGCCUUCUCGACGGAUCAUCAGAAAAAAACCUAGGCAAUGCACACAGUGGAACUUCCAUAAUCCCUUUAAACAACAGAACAAUAGUGAAAGGUUCAUGCAAGAAUCUGAGGUCCCAGAGAAUGUCAACUGCAACAAUAACACUGUAGGUGUGCAUCGCUCCCUACCCCUGCCACCUCCACUGCCAGGCUUUUCCAGACGUGCAGAACAGCCUUGGGCAGUGCCAACUGUUUCUGCAACAGUGGCAAAGCAGAAAUCUUUCAGGAACAAACAGAGCCACAUAAACACAGCACUGGUUUCUGAGCUCAAAUUAAGACUUGAGCAGAAGAAAUUAAUAAACCAAUACUAGUGCUUUGAGUAUAUGUGUAUAUUUGACAUGUGCACAUUUUACACACUCACAUGUUCAUUGAUGUUCAGUGGGGAUGUAAGAGGUGUGUGCCAAUCAUUUGGUUUUGUAUCAUAUGAUAUGAGCAACAUAUAGGUUACUUGUCCUGAGGAUAAGCUCUCAGCCUUCACUUCUGUUCCACUGCCAAUCAUGUCAGCUAAUUAGUUCUAAAUGCUCUCAAAGCAGACUCUCACUAUACAAAACUCCCAGUUAUUGUAAAAAUCAAUAUUGUUUCAGUAUUAUUAUUAUCAGUAUUAUUCUGGUUUCUGGUGUUCCAGACUUUGCUAUUUUGAUCAUUUUAUUAUUUCCAGAAAUUCAAGAUGGUUUUCCUUCUGCAUUUAGAACAGUUUCAAUAGACAAUAAUUCACACAAUAAAGUUUUUGUAUAUAUAAGGUGUCUUAGUAUGGUGUUGGGACAUCUUGAGCUGAACAACCUCCAUGGCACUGAUUCUGCAUAGCACUGCAUCUGUACUGGAGUAUUCUUCUAAAAGAUAUCCCUCAGUUAGUGUUCUGAUGAUGUUGGUGGAGAGCCAAAAUCUCUGUUCAACUUGGUUGAGAUCUGGUGAGCUGGUGAUAUAUGAAGGCUUUAGUACAUGUUUUACAUAAUUUUUCUGCUCAUCAAACUAAUCAGUGAGCCAUCUUGCCCUGUGGAUGGGCUAGCAGAACUGUGCGAUGAUUAACUCUUCCCUCCAAGGGAUAAUUUUCUUCUGUCAUUGUUAAACAUGUGGCUUACAAAAAGGAAUCUUUAUUCUACGAGAUGUGCUGUAUGUUGUUUAUACAACUGUCUGUAACUGUUUGGUGUUUCAGUGUCUUUCUAUGUGAAAUAAAUUCAUUCAGAGAAUACAAACUUUUAUUAACAUGAAAUGUAUAAUAUUGAAUUGCCUAUUUACACUGUUUGAACUGAGGACCAAAAGUCUUUUUUUUUUUUUUUUAACUAUUUUGUCACUAGAUGUUUCACAUUAUUAUGUGAAA